UUAGCUACAGCUGUAGGGAAGCCGGAAUCCUUAGCCCCUGAAACAGAAAGGAAAUUAAACUUCGAAAUCGCUAAGAUUUGGGUCCGGGUGAAUCUGUUAGCGCCACUUCCAAAGAAGAUCAUCUCUGGUUUCUCAAAUGGCCGUGAGUGCUCCCGGUUUGUCAAUGGGAGGCAGUCAUCAGCUAAAUCUACUCGCUCUAGGAGCCGUGAAUCCUGCGGGACAAGGCGCUCUAGGCCUGGAAGAUCUGCUGCAGAUCGGCGUAACUUGAAAGUCCCCCAGGAAGUUGAUAUCCUACAAACCACUCCUCCUGAGACACUCAAGGGUUCCGUGCAUCCUCAAGAGGGUGAACCCCGAAUGCUUGAGGUAGAUCGGACUCCCGUUUCUGAACCAGAGACAGUGUCGGAACGUAUAAAUGGUGGUGUUCCUGCUUCUGUAGCUUCCACCAUUGCCGCUACGAAAGCUGGUCCCUCAACAGUCAUAGUGCUCCAUAAGGAUUUAGCCCCUCACGCGACUCAAGCAGAGAAACGCUCCCUUCUUCCUGGUCUCCAACCGGAAGAGUGGCCGCAAGGCCACGACAGACUAGAAAAUUUCAUCAUCUUUUUUGCGUGGAAUAUAAGAGGACUGAAUAGUAUAACACGCCACACCAUGGUCAAAGAGUGGAUUAGUAGCCAUCGACCUCUUUUUGGAGCGUUCUUAGAAACGCAUGUACAGCCUUCGAAUUCAAGUCGUAUUUCUAGAGCAAUCCCGUCGGGAUGGUCCUUUUUUGCUAAUUUUGAUCAUCAUGAAACAGCAAGGAUAGUGGUGGUUUGGGACCCAAGUGUCACCAUGACAAUCUAUCAAGUUUCAGCUCAAGCUAUCACUUGUGGUAUCUUCAUCUUGUCACAGAAUAUCACUCUGACGGUUACUUUUGUGUAUGGCUUUAAUCUUGCGAAUGAGCGUCGCGCUCUUUGGGAUGAGCUCUCUGUGUUGAAUGCAUCGACUCCUGUCUCACGAGCUCCUUGGGCGGUCCUCGGCGACUUCAAUCAAAUUCUCCGAGCAAACCAGCAUUCAAACCACCUCGACUUGGAAGUGGAUUCUGCUGGAAUGGAGGAGUUUAAUCUCGCUACUCAAGAGGCUGAAGUUUUUGAAGCCCAAGCUAAGGGUUUACCCUUCUCUUGGUGGAAUAAUCAGGAAGGAAAUCCCAUCGCUAAAAAAAUCGACCAUGCUCUUAUAAAUCAGCAGUGGGCUAUGUUAUUUCCCGAUGCUUACUCGGAGUUUAUGGAGCCACACCAGUCUGACCAUGCUCCAUGUCUUUUUCGUAUGUCGGGUUUCCAUCAACGGAUAUCAAAGCCUUUCAAGUUUUUUCACCACAUCAUUGAUCAUCCUCUUUACACUAAAACAGUUCGGGAGGCUUGGAGAUGUGACGUCAUUCAAGGCUCUGCUCAGUUUAAGCUUAUGCGAUCGCUGAAGCUUCUAAAAAUGGAUCUCAGGGGACUAAACAAGAGAUACUAUAGUGGCAUCUCUGCAAGAGUCAAGGAUCAGGCAGCGAAGAUCUCUGGUCUUGAAAUGAACCCGGCGAAAUCUGAGAUUUUCUUUGGCGGCUAUAAUGACAGUGAAGCUAGAGUCUUAAGUGGCAUCUCAGGUAUCAAAAUUGGGGCCUUCCCAACCCGUUACUUGGGUUUGCCGCUGAAUCCAGCUAAAAUCUCCAUGGCAACGCUCCAACCGUUUCUAGAGCGGAUCACAAGUAAGCUUCACUCCUGGACCGUUAAGUUAUUGUCGUUCGCUGGAAAGAUACGAUUAAUCGCUUCAGUUAUCUAUGAGAUGGUGAAUUUUUGGAGCUCGGUUUUUGUGUUGCCAAAGAGUUUCUAUGCGAAAGUUGACUCUUUAUGCGCUGCAUUUCUCUGGAGAAACAAAACGGGAUCAGCGGCUGGAGCCCGUGUAGCUUGGAGAGAUGUUUGUAAGCUGACGGAGGAAGGUGGGAUUGGUAUACGGCUGCUGGAGGACUUUCAGUUGGUUUUUCGUUUAAACCAAGUCUGGAACUUCUUCACCAACGCUGGUUCUUUAUGGGUCGCUUGGCUUCGAAACCAUGUUUUCAGAAGGAAGAGUUUUUGGGCUACUGAAGAUUCUUCCCGUCUAUCUAAGGCAGUAAGAAGCAUGCUUCAGCUCAAACCUCACCUUCUGGAUUUCAUGAGAUGUGACCUUAAUAAUGGAGAAUUGGCUUCCUUCUGGUUUGAUUGUUGGACUGAUCUAGGGCCAUUGAUUUCAGUUACUGGGGAAUCAGGGCCUCGAAAUCUAAAAGUAAGACGUGAUGCUCGUGUUAUUGAAGCAACAAGGCAUGGCGAUUGGAUAUUCCCACCAGCUAGAUCAACGCAGAUGGAGAAUCUCCAAAUUGCGCUGUCGGCAAUUCCACCACCGCAGGUGGCUCUCGGACAGCACAUACCCCGGAGCUCCUUCGUGGCUUGGUUGGCCCUUUUGCGUAGGCUCCCCACAAGGGAUCGACUACGUAGGUGGGGCAUGUCCGUCCCGCUUGACUGUGUGCUCUGCUCAUCCGGUGUUGAGACGCAUCACCAUCUCUUCUUCGAAUGUGGUUUCUCGACUAGCAUCUGGUGUUUCUUCUCCUCCAAAAUUUGGGUUAACCCCCCACUGGACCUCCACUCCGCCGCGGCGUGGAUUAUGCAGGCUCGUCCGCAAACACGAUCCAACCCUCAAGCUCUUGCCAUCAUCAAGCUUAUCUUCCAAUCAUGCAUCUACCUGGUGUGGAAGGAGAGGAAUGCUCGUAUCUUUACCUCUUCUUCGUCUACGCCGGAGAGCUCUCGUGCUGUGCUUGAUCGUAUGAUGCGUGACCGUCUUCUCUCGUUGACACCUUGCUCGCCCUCGUCGCCUUCUUUGCUGGAGUUUUAUUUCGCUUGUACCAGGCCUCCG